CUUGUAGUGGUAAUUUUUGUCUGCGAAUUUAUCAGUGAAAUACGCAGAAACUAUAGAAAAUAUCUUUAUACUUUCAUAUGUGAAUUAUUCUAGAUAUACAAAAAUGUCUCAAAACACCAAAAUUAUCUUACGAGUUCAGUGUCCGGAAGGCACCAAGAGAGUGGAAAUCAGUCCGGAGGCUACUGUUCGUCGCCUGUACGAGACAGUUUUUACAGUGUUCGAGCUCAAUAACUACGAUUUCGUCCUGUUCAAGGAAAGAGGCUUCAAACAAGAGUUGACUUCGAGUCGAUCUCAGAAACUCACCGACUGUCAGCUGAAGCACGGCGACAUGAUCUUCAUGAAGCUGCUGUCUGACAACUUGGCUUCGUCCUCCUCGAAGGACACUUCCGGAUCGAGUGGCGGCAACAAUCACUCCUUCUCCGUGACGAGAUCCUCAUCGACAACCACCGUGAACUCGGACGCCUCGGCAAAGGUCAACGGCAGCGUGAAGGAGGACGAAGUGGAUUUGCAGCUCUGCAAAGUUGACGGCUGGAUUCAGAGAUCCAGAGACAGCAAAUUAUGCCGUCACAAUUCCAACGGCUGCUGCGUCCAUUGCUCUCCGCUGGAGCCGUGGAAUGAGAACUACUUGAAGGAGCACAAGAUCAAGCAUCUCUCCUUCCACUCCUACAUCCGGAAGCUGACGUCCGGAGCCGAUCGUGGCAAAUUCGUGGCUCUGGAGGACAUCAAUUGUCGCAUCAAGAGCGGCUGUCGAGAUCAUCCGCCGUGGCCGAAGGGGAUCUGCUCCAAGUGCCAGCCAUCGGCGAUCACGCUCAAUCGCCAAGUGUACAGACACGUGGACAAUGUUAUGUUUGAGAAUCCGGCUCUGGUGGAGCGCUUCCUCAACUACUGGCGCUUCUCCGGCCACCAGCGCAUGGGAUUCCUCUACGGCACGUACGAAGUGAAUGCCGACGUGCCGCUGGGCAUUCGUGCGCGCGUGGCGGCGAUCUAUGAGCCGCCGCAGGAGAGCAGCCGCGACUCCAUUCGUCUGCUGGACGACGAGUACAAGACGGACGUGGACGAGAUCGCGGCCGCGCUGGGCUUGCGCAAGGUCGGCUGGAUCUUCACGGAUUUGAUGAGUGAAAAUGUGGCGUCGGGCACAGUGAAGCACAAUCGUGGCAUCGACACGCACUUCCUCACGGCGCACGAGUGCAUUUUGGCUGGACAUUUCCAAAAUGAGCACCCAAAUGCGUGCAAACAUGCCACAAAUGGCACUUUUGGAUCGAAAUUCGUCACAGUUUGCGUAACUGGAGACGAGAAGAAUCAGGUGCACAUGGAGGGAUACGCGGUGUCGGCGCAGUGCAUGGCUCUCGUGAGGGACAAUUGUCUCGUCCCGACGAAGGACGCUCCGGAGCUUGGCUACAUCAAGGAGUCCACCGACAAGGAAUUCGUCCCGGACGUUUACUACAAGGAGAAGGACAUGUACGGAAACGAGGUGUCUCGCCUGGCGCGUCCGCUGCCUGUGGAAUAUCUGCUUGUCGAUGUGCCCGCGUCGUCACCACUUGUGCCCACUUUCACAUUCACCGUGAGAGACGACAAGCGGCCGUUUCCGGUGGAGAAUCGCCUCCUGGACGGACACUUGCAGGACUUCCCGGCGCUCAGUUCGUACUUGUCACAGUGGCGUCCGGAGGAGUUCCUGGACGCCGUGUCGGACUUCCACUUGCUCGUCUACCUGGCCAGGAUGGACAUGUUGCCGAUGAGGGCGGCGAUGGCGCCGCUCUGGGUGGCGGUGAGCCAGAAGGACGCCGCGGCGGCGGACGAGUGGCGCUCGCAGGAGGUUUGGCGGACGCUGGAGACUCUGAUUGCGGCCAGCUCGAGUGCGGCUGGCGGCACGGAGCAAUAUCAGGCGCCGGGAGCAGCUGGCGCCGGGGCGGAUCCGGCGGUGUCGUGGACUUGCAGCCACUGCACCUUUAUCAAUCCCGGAGACACGCAGAAUUGCGAAAUGUGUAGCUUACCACGCGUCUGAGGCGGAAUCGCAGGAGGAAUUUUGAAGAGCUGUGACAGAAAAUUGUUCUACAUUACUUCUAAAUAAUGCUGAUUCGCGGUGGUUAAUUUACCUAGACAUCGAUUGAGCUCUCCCUUAAGCCGCAUGAACGAGCAGAGCUGACUUCACAAUCUACUUAGGAGAUUGUUGCACACACAGAAAAAGCGAAGAAACAUUUAAAUCUGGCAAAAUAAAGACUUGGCCGCAUUUUAAAUCCCAAAACAA